UCCGCUCUCAGCAUCACGUCUCCUCAGUGAGCCUCCUGCUCUGUGACGGAGGAGCAGCUCCCCGUCUCCUCUCCGAGGCCGGAAGCUCUCAGUUGUGACGCUGAUGGAAGAUUUAAAUUCUGGGUCCGGAGCUCCUCACUGAGGACACGCUGGCACAGAGAGGACACGCGCGUAAUUCUCUGUGCGUCCUCGCAGCGCUAUGCCGCUCUUCCUCCUCCUCCUCGUCUGACCUCCUCGCACUCCUUCUUGGAUGAACUUUCUCGCUGCCUGCGGGGACGCGGCCGCUCGCUCCGAGAUCAUGAAGACGACGCGGAAAUGCCGCGCGCUGCUGUCGGUGGGUCUGAACCUGGUGGCCCUGUUCUUCUCCACCACCGCCUUCAUCACCACGUACUGGUGCGAGGGCACCCAGCGCGUCCCCAAGCCCAACUGCAGCAAGCAGCGGCACCACAACUGCAUCGACUACGGCGUGAACGAGACGGACCAGAACAAAGUGCACUACAGCUGGGAGACCGGGGACGACCGCUUCCUCUUCCGCCGCUUCCAUACGGGCAUCUGGUACUCCUGCGAGGAGAACAUCCACGAGUCAGGUGAGAAGUGUCGGAGCUUCAUUGAUUUGGCCCCGGCGUCGGAGAGAGGCGUGCUGUGGUUGUCCGUGGUGUCCGAGGUGCUCUACAUCCUGCUGCUGGUGGUCGGCUUCAGCCUCAUGUGUCUCGAGCUUUUCCACUCCAGCAACGUCAUCGACGGACUCAAACUCAACGCCUUCGCCGCCGUUUUCACCGUGCUGUCCGGUCUUCUGGGUAUGGUGGCCCACAUGAUGUACACCCAGGUGUUCCAGAUCACAGUCAGUCUGGGUCCUGAAGACUGGAGGCCUCACAGCUGGGACUACGGAUGGUCCUUCUGCAUGGCGUGGGGAUCCUUCACCUGCUGCAUGGCCGCCUCCGUCACCACCCUCAACUCCUACACCAAGACUGUGAUCGAGUUCAGACACAAGCGGAAGCUCUUCGAGCAGGGUCUGCGUGAGGAACAGAACUACCUGGACCAGGAAGCUUUCCACUACUUCCGGGACCGUUCACUCCAGUCCAUCUCCAGCACCGUGGAGGUCUACCCCGGCCACAGCGGCACCAGAGCCGGGCUUGUUGUCGGGGGGCCCGGCGCAGGCCCCGGUCCAGGUCCCGGACCGGGACGUGGGAAGAUGAGAGCGGGGUCUGCCUCAAUAGACUUGGGGGAGAACACGGACUCACUGGGGGAGGAGCAGUGCUGAGUCACACAUUGGAAUGAGGGGAUUGACUGGGUUGGGGGCGUGGCUACACGAUGAGGUGAACUGCACCUUCACAUGUGGACCGGCUGCUAGUUUGUCCACUGUAACUGAAAGCAGAGGCAGAACUUAUUUUCUGUUUUAAGAGGACAACUAAAAGGCAGAUUAAACAUGGAUUACAAAAAGGAAAUACAAAUGUUCUCACUGUGUUUGAAGUGAAAGUCAGUGUAAAGUGUGAGAAAUAGACUGUGGGUGAAAGUAGGUGUUCUCCUGCUUAUUUUGAGGUGCUGUGUGUAGUAUUUUAACAUCAAUACAUCGUCACAGUUUUGAAAAAUGGUGAAAGCCUUUGCUGAAUAGCGAACUUGUAGCAAGAAGCGGAAAUUACGGUGGCCCUGAAGUCCAAAACACAGAAGUAGAAGAACAGCUGCAUACCCUGUUAUUGGACUAUACACGGUAUAAACGUUAUUUGUGGUUUGUUCAGCAGUAACGAUAAUUUAUUCACAGUUAAAUUUUGUGUGUGUAUGUGUGUGUUUUGCACCUCAGGGCUAACGUAGAGGAACAGCAAUAUCUAAUUUAGCUAACAUUAGCCACAUAUGCUACUUGUCAUAUCAGAGUGAGUUGUACUACUGACGUGCUCGAGCAUGUUUGUCCCCCGAGUCCACUUCGAUGGAGUGCGAUCGCUUUGCAGUUGGGAUGGUCGUGAUUUUUAAAUAUUCAA